AGUCAAAUAGCGCGCGCCUGUAAUGUUCUAGUAAAACAAAAGAUUAAUUAAUUAAAUAAGUAUAAAAUAUGCAAAUUGUAAAUAUCAUUAGAUAAUUGAAAUUGCUUGACUUAUACCAUGUUGUGUGUGUGUGUGUGUUUGUGUGUGUUCGAUAGUUUCAUUUAAAUGUUAGUCAUUGACAUGUCAUCAUAGUUAAAAUAGUUUACGCAUAACAGUUCUGAUAACACUAUUUAUCGAUAUUACCAUUGACUCACCGAUAUGCUAAAAUUUAAGCGCAUACCGAGGUCAUACACAAAAUUGUGCAUGUUAGCCACUUGAAAACAUACUGAUGAUAUUCAAAUUGCGAACAUACGAGAAUAAUUAGUUUCCAUCGUCAGGCAUGUAGAAAAAAUAAGCAAUGCUCGACUAUAAAAGAAAUUGCGGCAGCGUUAACCUCCGCGAGUUUGCUAUUUCGUUACUUCGGCCAAAUAUUUUGGUUAUGUCAUAAGAGUGUGUUUGAGUCUAAAAAACCUAAAAUCUUUUUUUCGAAAAAUUGUUGUUCGAUUGUGAUUCUAAAUGCGUGUGCAAUUGCUGUUGAUUUUAUUUUUCGCGAGCACUAUCUUAGCGCGAAGUGCUCGAAAUAAAAGGGAUGUGACCACAGUACAACCUUCAUCCAUCUCUACAACUAAAGUUAACAAUGAAAAUACGACAACAGGCGUUACUACAGGCGAAGAUGAAUGUAGAGAAAUUAUUUGUGUUAGUACUUUUCAACCGUUAAAGAUGACGUCUAAGUUUUAUAAAACAUCAUUAAUGGCCAUUAAUAAUACUUUAGCGAAGUUUAGGAAAGCAAUAAAUACAAUGAGCAACUUUGCCCUAGGCGUUAUGAUGCAACUGAUUGUGACAGUGAUACAGAUGAUGAUGAGGAUGAUAAAGUCAUUGAUGAGAUAUUUUUAAUUCCUAUUUUAUUUAGUUUAAAAUUGAUAAAAAAACAUAUCUUCCAACCUUUUAGUAAGUAAUUUACAAAUAUGUUUAAAUUUUUCUUACCUGGUCGUAACAUUUUUUACUAAUAAUUAUUUAAUUUAUCUAUAACAAAAAAAUUCAUUUAUUCUUAAAUAAAAAAGUAGAGAGUAAAACCAAAUACAAAAAUCUGCUUUUUCGCAUAUAAAUAUAUCCUUUAUUAUUAAUAAUAAAAUUUGUUUAAUUCACAUAAUACAUCACUAUCAUCUUACUAUCUCGAUUCUGCAUUGUACAGUCUUUAACAUUGCUUUAACUUAUUGUUAAUCGAUUGUUGUCGAUAUCAAAUAACAUAUAAGAAUAAUGAUUGUUAAUUUACUAAAUUUAUAUAUUCAUCUAUAAAGAUAUAUAUAUGGAAUACAAAAAUCUUAACAAACUAUUCAUGCUUAUGUUAUUGAAGAUAAUUCGACCUACAAUCUCUAUUGAGUACUCGGAACUAAAUCACAUAAUCAUGCACGCUAUCUAUCUAACUGCUGCCGAUUGUUAUUGACAUUGAAAAUCAAUAUAACAUACAAUUACUGUAAAACAGAGUUUUUUUUACAAUUAUUGUAAAAUGGUGCAUGGUUAAAUUCUCAUAAAUGAAUAUCGUGCAUGCAAGAAUUAGAAUUCAUCUCACAAUUCAUCUCAUUAUGAAAGUAGGAAUAAAAAUCCUGUUCCACUAGAAAAUUACAAAUUACAACAAUCGAUCGUAAUCUUCAUUCUAGUUAUUACAAUUUGUUCUCAUAUUCAAAUUAACUUUUCUGUUGCCAGAUUUUACCGUACAUGAUCUGUAAAUAUCUGUCUACGAACAUUAAAAUGAUCAACAAGUUACAUUUCUGAUAUUCUUUUUUAAGAAAGGUAGAAAUAUAAAUAAUUAUUAGCUAACAAGAUUGGACUAUCAUUAGAAAAUUGCAAUAUUAAUCACUGGAGAUUACAAGAACAUUAUCAAGAGCCACUUUAAGAAGGAGGUCCAUCAAUUAAAUACCUAUCAUAUUUUUUGGUACAUAGCGGGAACAUUUUGGUCAACUAUACAUCAACGUAUCUUUACUUAAUUGUCUUGUAUGUAUAGAGUAAGCCUUAAUAAUCGACAACGUAAUCGUUACGUUUCUU